CAAACAAGUGCCUAUAUAAAUAAAUCUUCACACUUCUCCCUAUGCAAUUGUCUUCUGUGCUUCUCAAUCAACACACUAAGCAAACCAUUCUCACAAGCCUAAAAAAGCCACCAUGUCUUGCUUCAAGAGCAAAUACCAAGAUGAGCUGAUCGCCAAUGCUGCAUACAUUGGAACCCCUGGAAAGGGUAUCCUUGCAGCUGAUGAAUCAACGGGCACCAUUGGAAAGCGUCUAUCGAGCAUCAGCGUGGAGAAUAAUGAAACAAACAGACGCGUUCUUCGUGAGCUUCUGUUCACUGCCCCGGGUUGCGCUGAAUGUCUCAGCGGUGUCAUAUUGUUUGAGGAAACCCUCUACCAAAAGACAGCCACAGGAGUACCCUUCGUGGACGUGAUGAAGAAAGGAGGGAUUCUUCCGGGCAUAAAGGUGGACAAGGGCACGGUGGAGCUAGCCGGAACAAACGGCGAAACCACCACCCAAGGCUUGGACGACCUCGCCCAGCGCUGCCAGAAGUACUACGAAGCGGGUGCGAGGUUCGCGAAGUGGAGGGCAGUUCUCAAGAUUGGCCCAACCGAGCCCUCACCGCUGGCUAUCCACGAGAACGCGUACGGGCUGGCCCGUUACGCCGCCAUUUGCCAGGAGAACGGCCUGGUCCCCAUCGUGGAGCCCGAGAUCCUUUCCGACGGGCCGCACGAGAUCGAGAAGUGCGCUGACGUGACCGAACGCGUGCUGGCGGCCUGCUACAAGGCGCUGAGCGACCACCACGUGCUUCUGGAGGGGACUCUGCUGAAGCCCAACAUGGUGACUCCUGGGUCGGACGGUAAGCGCGUGGGGUCGGAGGUGAUCGCCGAGCACACCGUGAGGGCGUUGUUGCGGACCGUCCCACCGGCGGUUCCGGCGAUCGUGUUCCUGUCGGGGGGUCAGAGUGAAGAGGAGGCGACGGUGAACCUGAACGCGAUGAACAUGCUGAAGGGUAAGAAGCCAUGGUCGUUGACUUUCUCGUACGGAAGGGCUCUGCAACAGAGCACUCUGAAAGCUUGGAGUGGGAAGGAUGAGAACAUUAAGAAGGCACAGGAAGCGUUGCUUGUGAGGUGCAAGGCCAAUUCUCAGGCCACUCUCGGCUCUUACAAGGGCGAUGCCAAGGGCGAUGGCGCCUCUGAGUCUCUUCACGUUAAGGAUUAUAAGUACUGAGACAGAAUACGCUCUAAGCCCGCGUAGACCUGCCUUUGUUUUUCUUCCAUUCCAUGAACUGUUGGAUGGUGAUGUUUUGUAGGGUUUUGCAUGGACCAGUUGCUAUAGGAGCUAAAAUGGUGCGGUGUGAAUAAUCAUGGCUUCCGACGCAUUUGGCCUCCCGCAGUUUUCUUUUUCAUUUUAUUUGUAAACUUUUGAUAUUUCUUUUUUUUCUUUUAAUUCUUACUCAUAGUUUUUUUUUUUUUUUUGUAAUAAAACUCCAAGAGAAAUAUACCUACUUAUCUGGG